UCAUAGAUUUUAGCGCUUAAAUUUGCUUGCUGUGCAUAUUAUAUUUUCACAAUAUUAAAAAUGGAUAUCGAAUUGCCUUAUGUGGCAGAGUAUGCAAAAUCGGGCCGAGCUUCUUGUAAAGGAUGUAAAACAGCAAUUUUAAAGGAUUCUCUGCGGCUUGCAGUAAUGGUUCAAUCACCCUUUCAUGAUGGAAAAAUGCCAAAUUGGUUUCACAAGGACUGUUUUUUUAAGAAACAAAAACCAGCCUCCGUAGGGGACAUUAAGAACUUCGAAAAUUUGAGAUUUGCAGACCAAACUGAGCUCUCAAAACUGAUUGAUACUAUAUCGGUAACUGUUGCUGGCAAAACAGGCAAACGUUCAAAGUCCGAACAGGAAGCUCUUAAAGAUUUUGGGAUUGAAUACUCUAAAUCAGGUCGAGCCACAUGUCGCGGCUGCGAACUAAAAAUAAGCAAGGAUGAAGUUCGAGUCUUUAAAACAGUUUACGAUACUGAAAUUGGCAUGAAAUACGGCGGCCAAAAAGUAUGGCAUCAUUUGGAGUGCUUUGCAAAAAUGCGAUCGGACGUUGAUUGGUUUGACACUGGCGAAAACCUGCCUGGAUAUAAGCUCCUUAAAGACGAGGACAAGGAGGAAGUUUUAAAAGUUCUACCUGUGGUUAAAUCUGAAGAUACCCCAGACGCCAAGAAGCCGAAGCUAGAGCCCAAUUUUGAAAUCGAAGAAAAAAUUAAGAUAAAAAAGUUAAAAAAUCAGAAUGAUAUUUUGUUUAAUUAUCGUGAUAAUUUAAAAAAAGAAAUGAAAAAAUCAGAUAUCGAGAAGCUGUUAAAAUAUAAUGCACAGGAGCCUUUGACUGGGGAUUCUGAAAAGCUUUUAGAUCAAGCAGCGGAUCUAUUGGCAUUUGGUGCAAUUAAGUCUUGUCCAGAGUGCAAGAGUACGCAGUUCAUCUUCACCAAGUCAGGUUACCUUUGUAACGGAAACAUAUCAGAAUGGACCAAAUGCACACAGUUAUUAACUGAGCCUCAGCGGACUUCAUGCAAAAUUCCAAAUGAACUUAAAUCUGAAUAUAUUUUUUUGAGCGCUUUCAAAAAAAAGCCCGAAUCGCGACUUAUUCAGUAUAUACCUCCAAGUGCAUCAACUAUUGCUAAGGACAUUGCAAUAAAGAAAAAUCCAGAAGAACUAAAUGGCCCAAAAAUAAAACGAGAACGACCACCAUUAUACAACCUUAAAUUCUCUCUAAUCGGCUUAAAAGAUAAUGAAGCGGAAAUAAAAAAGCGAAUCGGAAAGUUAGGAGGUAAAUUUGAUACCAAAAUAACUAAUGACACUAUUGCCAUAAUAUCAACCGGAAAAGAAGUUGAAAAAUUCAGUUCUCGUAUGAAAAAAGCAAAAGAGCUUGGAAUACAUAUUGUUCCUAUGAAGUAUCUCGAUUCAGUGGAAUCUGAUAGCUCUGUCGCCAUUAAUUUUAUAUGUAGUAUGACUCUUUGCGACUGGGGAACCGAUCCAUCAGCCCACAUUCCUCAAGAAGAGACAAGAAGCUCAAAAUCUAAAAGUAUCUAUACAAAAUCUGUACCAAAAUCGGUAACUCUUAAAGUGAAAAAUGGAUUUGCUGUUGAUCCUGAUAGUGGACUGGACGAUAUCGCGCACGUAUAUAUACAAGGCGACAGUAAUUAUAAUAUUGUACUUGGAUUAACAGACAUACAACGAAACAAGAAUUCAUAUUACAAGUUACAACUUUUAGAAGCCGAUAAACAAAAUAAGUAUUGGAUUUUUCGCUCAUGGGGUCGUAUUGGAACAACUAUUGGAAGCUCAAAGGUGGAAGAUUUCAAAACAUUAGUCGAUGCUAUACAAUGUUUUCACAGUGUUUACGCAGAAAAGACAGGAAAUGAAUUUGGGAACAGAAAUAAUUUUGUUAAGAUACCGGGUCGUAUGUACCCAAUCGAUAUUCAAUAUGAGGAAUAUAAGGAAGUAAAAGACGCUAGCAGUGAAAAUAUUGUUUCUAAACUUAAACCUUCAGUUCAAAAUUUAAUAAAACUUAUAUUUGAUGUCGACUCAAUGAAGAAAACAAUGAUGGAAUUCCACAUAGAUAUGGAAAAAAUGCCCCUAGGCAAACUUAGUUUAAAGCAACUUCAGUCAGCAUAUACUGUUGUAAAUGAAAUAUAUGAAUUGAUUCAGCAAAGUGGCACCAAUGCUCGAUUUAUUGAUGUCAGUAAUCGAUUCUACACAUUAAUACCGCAUAGUUUUGGAGUCAAUGCACCGCCUUUAAUUGAAACGAUUGAACAGAUAGAAAAUUUACGGCAAAUGCUGGAUUCAUUAGCGGAGAUAGAAGUUGCCUAUAAGUUAAUAAAGAACGAGGAUCAUUUGGAUAAUGUUAAUCCAUUGGAUAAACAUUACGAACAGUUAAAAACACAUCUGGAACCGCUUGACAAAAACAGUGAAGAAUUCACAAUUUUAAACAAGUACGUGCAAAAUACGCAUGCAGCUACACAUAGUUCAUACGAACUUCAAGUAAUAGAUGUAUUUAAGGUAGCUCGACAAGGUGAAGCUCGGCGCUUUAAGCCUUUUAAGAAGCUACAAAACCGAAAAUUGCUUUGGCACGGUUCUCGACUUACAAACUUUGUUGGAAUAUUGUCGCAUGGUUUGAAAAUUGCUCCGCCAGAAGCACCACCAACUGGCUAUAUGUUCGGCAAGGGCAUUUAUUUUGCAGAUAUGGUGUCCAAAUCGGCUAACUAUUGUUGUACCAGUCAACAAAACUCUACCGGACUUUUGCUUCUGUCCGAAGUGGCUUUAGGGGACAUGAUGGAAUGUACGGCUGCCAAGUAUGUAAACAAAUUACCAAAAGGUAAACACAGCUGUUUUGGUCAUGGUCGCACGAUGCCAAAUCCCAAAGAGUCAUAUGUUCGAACUGAUGGUGUUGAAAUACCACUAGGAAAGCCUAUCACUGAUGCGAAUUUCACAUCUUCGUUGUUGUAUAAUGAGUUUAUUGUCUAUGAUAUUGCUCAAGUCAAUGUCCAAUAUUUAUUUCGCAUGGAGUUCAAGUAUAAGUAUUAAUAAAAUUUGCUUAUUAAACUAGUAGAAA